AUGUCCCAACCGAAUUCGUAUCACCAAGAUUCGCUGUCGUUGGAUUGUCAAGAAAUUUUACCGAGAUUAUUUCUCGGAAGCGAAGAUGCUGCUUAUUCCGAUGUCGAUAUUCUUCUCAAUGAUCCGUAUCGAAUUUCUCACAUUUGUGUGUGUGGGUUUGGUCUAUCCCGAAAGUAUGAACAGCACUUUAAAUAUUUCCAAAUCAAGGCGGUGGAUUUACCUAUUUAUAAUAUUACACAAGAUGUGUUGAAAUGUGUGGAGUUUAUUGAUGAAGCAUUAAAUCAAAAUGAGAAUAAUCAUGCUCUCUGGCUUAAUUCCCUUUCCGUUAUCUUUGCAUUCAAAUUUUAA